ACUUUCACUACAGACCAUCUUCUCAAUGUAGACGUAUAAGUAUCAAUAUUGGUUUAGCAACCGCAAAUAAUGAAAAUUCGAAAUUAAAAUCCGUUGAAAUGCCCAAAACGAAAGUUUUAAGAACAGCGCCAUCUAGUGUUCGGAAGAUUGUCUUAAAGAAAUAUGAAAAAAUGGACGAAACGCAACAAGAGAAAAAGAGAUCACGGAUGGCUAAGAUCGGUGCUUGCGCUCAAUUGAAAAUUCCUAACUUAAAUUACUCGACGUCAGCUGUUCUAAUGGCAACGAAAGAUGAUCCAUGUGAUAAAAAAAAACCUGCAGUGAAAAGCGAUGUGACAAAGACUAAAGACAGUAAAGUAUUACCAGUGAAAUCAAUUCCAGGUGCUAAAGGACAAAUUAUUGCAGUAAUUGGCGCUGUAGUUGAUGUACAAUUUGACACGCAUCUACCACCAAUUUUAAAUGCAUUGGAAGUGCCGAAUAGAAAGCCUCGCCUUAUCUUAGAAGUGGCACAGCAUUUAGGAGAACGGACAUGCAGGACAAUUGCAAUGGACGGCACCGAAGGUUUGGUUCGUGGUCAGCCCGUUACAGACACGGGGGCACCGAUCACCAUACCCGUUGGUGAACCGACGUUAGGACGGAUCAUUAAUGUUAUUGGCGAACCAAUUGAUGAACGUGGUCCUAUCAAGACAGACCAGUUUGCACCAAUUCACGCUGAGGCACCACCGUUUGUCGAAAUGUCUGUCGAACAAGAAAUCCUAGUUACAGGCAUUAAGGUCGUGGACCUCUUAGCGCCUUACGUUAAAGGCGGUAAGAUCGGAUUGUUUGGUGGAGCGGGCGUUGGGAAGACUGUUCUAAUUAUGGAACUGAUCAACAACGUUGCCAAGGCUCAUGGAGGAUUCUCGGUGUUUGCUGGUGUAGGAGAGCGAACAAGAGAAGGUAACGAUUUGUACAACGAAAUGAAAGUCGGAGGCGUCAUAACUGACGAUUAUAAAACAUCUAAGGUGGCGUUAGUGUACGGCCAGAUGAACGAGCCGCCGGGCGCGCGCGCUCGCGUCGCUCUCACUGGUCUGACGGUCGCCGAACAUUUCCGCGACAAAGAAGGACAGAAUGUGCUGCUAUUUAUUGACAAUAUAUUCAGAUUCACGCAAGCCGGCUCAGAGGUGUCGGCGUUACUAGGCCGUAUACCAUCAGCGGUGGGUUACCAGCCCACGCUAGCGACGGACAUGGGCACUAUGCAGGAACGCAUCACCACCACUAAAGCUGGCUCUAUCACUAGUGUACAGGCGGUAUAUGUCCCAGCAGACGAUCUAACAGAUCCAGCGCCGGCUACAACCUUCGCUCAUUUAGAUGCCACCACAGUGCUAUCUCGUGCCAUCGCAGAGCUGGGCGUCUACCCUGCGGUGGACCCACUCGACUCUACUUCCAGGGUCAUGGAUCCGCAUAUUAUUGGACAGGAGCAUUAUAACGUUGCUAGAGGAGUACAGAAGAUUUUACAGGACUAUAAGUCACUUCAAGACAUUAUUGCAAUCCUUGGCAUGGACGAGCUCUCUGAAGAGGACAAGUUGACAGUGGCUCGUGCGAGGAAGAUACAGCGUUUUCUAUCACAGCCAUUCCAGGUGGCUGAAGUAUUUACCGGUCAUAUCGGUAAGUUGGUGAAAUUAGAAGAAACCAUCAAAGGAUUCCAACGGAUAUUAAAAGGAGAGUUGGACCAUAUCCCUGAAGCAGCAUUUUAUAUGGUUGGAACAAUAGAAGAUGUCAUUGCCAAGUCACAGACGUUAGCUAAAAAUGUUUAAACAAAUAUUUUCACCGUUCAAUCGCUUGCAUUUUGUCUAUUAAAAUAUGAGUCAUGUCUUUCAUUCUGUUUGCAGAAUCAGAGACAAAAAUAUGUUUUAUAAAUGUUACGGCUGUAGAAUGAAAUUGAGGCAAUAAUAUCUUAAUUUUAAAUAA